UUUUUUAUUUGAGAAGAUAAGGAAAUCUUUCUAAUUUAAUCUACACCAUCCAUUAGAUCUCUCAUAUUAUCAGCCGUUGGAUUAAAAUCAUAUCCAAUCCAUCCAACUUGAUAAGAAAAUCUAGAAAAUUGAUUUGUAGCCAUUCAUUUGAAAUCUUUUACAUCCAUUAUUGUGUAUAAAUAAUACACUUCAUGCAAUGAAAAAAAUCACACUUCAAACAACUCAUUUUAUAAACAAUAUGGAAAAAAGUAGAGGCUCAUCAUUCACUCAACAAGAAGAUGAGUUAUUGUGUCGUGUAUAUUUAGAAAUAUCCCAAGAUCCCAUUGGUAGCAAUAACCAAGCUAUAGGGAAAUUAUGGGAAAAAAUUAAAAAAAAGUUACAAUAGUCAAAAAAAUGGGAGUUGGGAAAUUAGAAGCAAUAGGUCAUUACAAGGUAUAAUGAAUACUAUUAUUUAUGCGGUUAGGAAUUUGAAGAGUUGCAUAAUCCAAGUGGAGAAUAUGCAUCCAAGUGGUGCGUCGGAAAUUGACAUUAUGGAAAAAGCCAAGAAAUUGUUGGUACAAGUUGAAAAACUAAAGAAAGGUUUUAAAUUCGACCAUGUAUGGAAUUUGCUGAAGGAUAUUCCAAAGUUCACAGACAAUGUUAGCGUCGGUAUUCCAGAUACUCCUAACACCGAGAGCGAUAUCGCCAGUUCUCCAACAUCACAAUCUCCGGGAAUGUCAUCAUUUUCAAUCAAUUUAAGCAGUGAAGACGGUGGAUCAAAUUCAUCACAACGUCCCAUUGGAUCGAAGAAAGCAAAACUCAAAAGAAAGAUUGCAGAAGGUAAUAAUUCAUCUGUUGACACUUUGGUUUCUUCAAACAAACAAAUCCUAGAUUUCUUAAAAGAAAGUGCAGCAACUAGGGAAAAAAGUUACGAGCUAGCUGAAUUGCGUAUGCAAAAUCAAGCAAAAAAGUUAGCCCUAAAAGAAAUGCACGAGGAGAAUAAAAUCUUGUUAAAAGAUUUAGACACUAUUGCUGAUAGUAAUACCCGUGAGUAUAUUCGAUCUGAACAAGCAAGAAUCAUACAAAAAAGAAAUCAAGAACAACCACAACAAUCUCCAAUUUCACCAAAUUUUUAUGGACCAUAUUUUGGUGAUCUUGGAGGUUCGGGAUCAAAUUUACCUGAAUAUUAGUAUUGUUGUAAUAUAUAAUUUGUAUAAUAUUUAUGUUUUCAUGUAAUUUUCU